AUGGUUCUCCUCCCUAAACUCUCGAUCGUCCCAGUGCUUCUCCUGGCAAGCAAUGGUCUAGCUUUCAAGGUUACUCCGGGCUCGCCUUGUACGGAAAUAUGCCGCGAAGGUUCUGCCCCAGAGAGCUCCGAAGCGGAUACCUCAAAUACCUUCGGCAGCGAAAUAGCAUGUCAGGACAAGACUUUGAAUACGACGGACGUAGGGAAAAAAUUCAAAGCAUGUGUGAGCUGUCUGCAAAACAGCACUACAUCGGCAAGCAGUGGGAAUGAUCAGGAGUGGUUUCUCUAUAACCUACGCUACGCGCUAGGGUCCUGUCUGUUUGGCUUUGCGAAUGCCUCGGACGCCGUGUCUACUCCGUGUUCGACAUCUACAGCUUGUGGCCCUCUCCAAAAAGCUAUUGAAAAUGCCGACUUGGUGCCAAGCAACGAGGGUACUUAUUCAUAUUGCACUGCAGACGACCAUGCGAUACUUGGGUCUUUCCAACCUAAAUGCACCAAGUGCCUCCAAGAUAGCGGCGUUGAGGUCUAUCUAUCGAAUUUCCUCAUAGCUCUCAAGGCUGGAUGUACGCAACAGCCUCCAGCUGGCACCAUGAUAGGCCUUGAUAGCACGGUGUUCACCACUAAGGAAGUCAAUAUUACUUGGCCAGGCUACAAUCCCAAUGACCCGCCGAAAGCCAAGGAGCACAAAGCACUCUCAAAGGGCGCUAUCAUCGGCAUUGCAGUCGGGCUUGCUGCGCUAUUCUUGAUAGCGUCCGCAAUCAUUUUCAUAUAUUGCCGAAAGCGACGGGCCCUGGAUCACCUCAAAGCCCUCAACUCCCCUCUUGAUUCCCGCUUUGGGGCUACGAAUAUCACUUCCCCAAAUGCCGGUGCCUACGGGAACCCUUAUGGUGGUAGCCCACCCAUCAAUGCUGCUCCCCUCCAACUGUAUAACGCCCCGAAAUCCCGACUCUCGAAAGACCAGAUUACCCACGUCGGCGAGGUCAAAGACCAAAAUAGCUGGCAUCGCUACUCCCCGUCGCAUUCGGAUUCCCAACCACCGGUAUAUGUGCCAUCCUCCACCAUCCCAACCCAUCAAGCAUACAUCGCCUCUCCCGCCGAAAGCCACUCCACCAAAUUCUCCAUGUCGCCCGGCCCAAGCCCAGAAUACCCGCCUUCCCGCGUGUCUCCCCACUACUCCCAACAAGCCCACCAAUCUCUCCUCAGCACCUCUACACAGUCUCGCCACAAUACUCCACUCCCUUCCCCUCCUUCUCGGAUUUCCCCGAAAUACACGACGCCAAUCAAUACCCAAGCACCGCCGCAGAUCCCGCGCGCCCCAUCUCGAAACCAGGGCAUCAGCACCAACACUCUUGCGACCCACGCGUCGAUCGAUGGCAGCACCGGGCCAUCAGCGGCGCGAUAUGAGGGAAGAUAUGACUUUGAGCUUGCGGAGCAGGAGAGGAGAGAGCGGGAGGCGAGAGGUGAGGUGGUACUGGAGCCAGUGAAGAAGAAGAAGAAAAAGAAGAAGUCGAGAGGUGAUGAUACUCCUGAUAGUGCUGUUAGCGAGGAGCAGUGGCCGGGCAGUUAUUGA